AUGUCAGUUCCAUCUUGUGACAGUGAACUAAGUGCUGUAAUCUAUAACCUACCGAACUCACAACUGCAACAACCACAGCCACAGCCACAGCCACAGCCCAACAAUGUGUGGCUAAGUUCGAUAAUGAUUGAAGAAAUUGAGUCUAGUGAGUCCUCAAACACCACAAUGCCAAAGCAUAAAAUACACAAAGUCCCUCAAACGCUUCUGCAGAUAGGGAUCAAGUCCACCAAGAAAUGCUAUGAGCCACAACUAGUUUCUAUUGGUCCCUACCACCACGAGAACCCAAACCUCAAAUCGUUCGAAGAAAUCAAAUUUCAAUUCACAAGGGAGUAUGUCAAAAGUUGUGGACCAUCAUAUUCAAUUACCGACUUGUAUAACAAGGUUGCAGACGUCGCUAUUGAGGCAAGAAACUGCCAUGCUAAGGGCACUAAUAUUGAUGACACGAACUUCACUCGGAUGAUGUUCCUCGAUGGUUGCUUCAACCUCCAACAUAUUUACUACAAGAAAAACGAAAAAGAGGAAGCCAAAAUGAAGAUAAAGAAUCACAACAAAGCUUUCGUACAACGUGACUUGUUCUUGCUCGAGAAUCAACUUUCUUUCAAAGUCCUCUAG